AUGUCGAAUAAUGUAUCAUCUUCACAAAAGCACCCAGAAUCUAGUGGACUGGCGAAUCUCGUCCCUUUGAUCCCUCCCACUGGUCCGAAUCUGGUGACUUGGGACGGCCCGGCUGACCCUCAAAACCCUAAGAAUUGGCCCGCAAGAAGGAAGUGGAUCGUGUUUGUCCCAAUAUCACUGUAUAAUAUGUUGAGCUCCAUGUCCUCUGCCACGGUUGCCCCAGCAUUGAGCGCCAUUCACGAAGACCUCAGCUUUUCCUCUACCACGCUGCUAAUCCUCAGUCUAUCGGUCUUCUUUCUCGGAAGUGCGAUCGUGCCGCUCUUCACGGCCCCAAUCUCAGAGAUGAUCGGAAGAGUGCCAGUUCUACUAACGAUGAAUGUAAUUUAUAUCGUGUUUAACACGGCGUGUGGUGCUGCCAAAUCGCCAACCCAGUUAAUUAUCUUUCGCUUUCUAGCUGGUUUAGGCGCGGCUGGCCCUUAUGGAGUGGGUAUUCCCAUAGUUACUCCAAUCUAUCUCCACUGCUUACCCGACAUCCAGAUUGGCAGCGGAAUGAACAGCGACCUCUUCGGCGCCCACGAACGAGGCAAAGCCAUCGUAGUCUUCACCCUGGCACCUCUAAUCGGAACAGCCAUCGGCCCCAUCACAGGCGGCUUUGUUGGUCAGUACGUCUCGUGGCGGUGGUGCUUCUACGUAAUCUCCAUCGCCAUCGCCGCCGUGCAAAUAGUCGGACUCAUCCUCCUGCGCGAGACCUACGGGCCCGUCCUGCUGAAACGCAAAGCAGCAAGCUUGCGCAAGUCCACACAAAACCCCGACCUUCACACCGAGCACGAUGGCGCCUCUACACACGACCUCAAGGGCAACCUCAUCCGCCCGUUCCGUCUACUAACCACCCAGCCCAUCAUCCAAGUCCUCAGCCUCUAUCUCGCAUAUCUCAAUGGAAUCCUCUACCUCAUGGUCGCCACCUUCCCCGACGUCUGGACAGGUAUCUACCACGAGUCCGUAUCCAUCGGCUCCCUGAAUUAUCUCUCGAUGACCGUUGGACUCGCCAUCGCCACGCAAUUCGGCGUCCGCUUCUCGGAUAGACUCUAUCAACGCCUCCGAGCAAAGAAUAACGGAGAGCCGAAACCAGAGUUCCGUCUGCCGAUGCUUUGUGCCAUCGCAGUCGUCGUCCCCAUCGGGCUAUUCUGGUACGGGUGGAGCGCGAGAACGAGUAUACACUGGAUUAUGCCAAACAUCGGCGCAGCAAUCUACUCCGGCGCCACCGUCGUACAACUCGUCUGCGUCCAGGGCUACCUGAUCGAUACGUACCAGGUAUACGCGGCCAGCGCAAUGGCGAGUGUAAUGGUUCUGCGGAAUUUAUUGGGGUUUGGGUUGCCGCUGGUGGCGCCUAGCUUGUAG